GAUGGAAAUUAUGAUUUAAAGUCCAUUUGCCUUUUCGCAAUCCUUGAAGGAAAGCAUUGGAAAGAAUUGCCACAGUUUUACUUGUUUCUGCAAAAUGGCAGCUAAAUCUCUGCGUUUUGACGGCCAAGUUGUGCUCGUAACUGGUGCAGGAGGCGGUCUAGGUAGGGAAUACGCUCUGGCCUUCGCUGCGCGGGGUGCUUCGGUGGUAGUCAACGAUUUAGGUGGAAGUGCAAGGGGGGAAGGUCGGAGCUCCUCUUUGGCCGACAAAGUCGUCGCAGAGAUCCGCGCAUCGGGAGGAAAAGCGGUCGCAAAUUACGAAUCUGUUGAAAACGGGCAAGAGCUGGUUGACCAGGUUAUAAAAGCGUUUGGCCGAAUUGAUAUUUUGAUCAAUAAUGCUGGCAUUUUAAGAGAUCGUUCCUUUGGUAAUAUGAGUACCAUGGACUGGGAUUUAGUCCACAGGGUACAUCUCCGAGGCGCGUUCCUGGUCACUAAGGCAGCAUGGCCUCACAUGAAGAAACAAAAGUACGGGCGGAUCAUUAUGACCUCGUCGUCAACCGGCGUCUUCGGGAAUUACGGACAGGCUAAUUAUGCGGCUGCCAAACUUGGAUUGUACAGCUUGGCCCGAACCCUUGCUAUUGAAGGCGAGCGUUACAACAUCAAGUGCAACACCAUUGUCCCUGUUGCAGAUUCCCGGUUGACCAAAGGGAUUUUGCCGGAUGAAGUUUUGAAAAUGGUAGCGCCCAGAUUGGUUGCACCGUUCUUGGUGUACCUGUGCCACAAGUCUUGUGACGAAAACGGUCAGUUGUUUUUCAUUGCCGGCGGUGCAGCAGCAAUGAUUCGCUGGCAGCAAUCCAAGGGAGUUAACCUCCUGUCUGAUGGACAAGAUCUUACCGCAGAACUGGUACAAGAUAACUGGGCUCGAAUCAAAGACUGGACUGAUGCAACUAACCCAGCCACUGGAAAUGAUGGAACAAUGAAGCUGCUAAUGGGACAAGACACCUCUGCCAAGAGUGGAACACCUGCCCGCCCGAAGGAUGAGUUCUCUUACACCUUCAAAGAGGUUAUUCAAUUUGCCUUGGGAAUUGGUGUGACUGUUAAAGAAGAUGGCUCUCAUUUGAAGUUCUUGUAUGAGGGUCAUGAAGAUUUCAGUGUUCUUCCAACGUUUGCAGUGAUUCCUGCUCAGGCAAGUUUUAUGACAAGUUCUUUUUUGAGCAAAGAAAAAAUUGGAUUUGAAAUAAACCCAGCCAAGGCACUUCAUGGGGAACAUUACUUGGAAUUGUAUCGGCCAUUACAAGCAAAUGCAACACUAAAAAGCAGCACUGUAAUUGCAGAUGUUUUGGACAAGAAGUCAGGGGCUCUUAUCGUUGUCAAUAUUACCACUUCUGAUGAAAAAGGUCCUGUUUGCUUUAAUCAGUUUGCAAUAUUUGCUAUUGGAAGUGGUGGAUUUGGCAGCAAGACUCGUUCGAAUGAGUUGAGGCCAUUGGUAGCCACACCCUCCAGGGCUCCUGAUGUGGUUGAAAUCGAGAAAACUGGCAACAGUCAGGCAGCUCUGUAUCGUCUUGCAUGUGACCUAAAUCCUUUGCACAUUGACCCAAAUUUUGCUGCUAUGGGAGGUUUCAAAACUCCAAUCCUCCACGGCUUGUGUUCGAUGGGUUACGCUACCAGGCACGUCCUGAAGCACUUUUGCGACAACGACGUUCGUAGGUUUAAAGCAAUCAAAGCUCGAUUCUCGAAGCCAGUUAUUCCAGGUCAAAGCAUUCGUACGGAGAUGUGGAAGGAUGGAAACAGAGUACUUAUGCAGUGCAAGGUGGUUGAAACGGGAGAGAUUUUGUUGACUGGUGCUUAUAUCGAGUUGCAUGGCUCGGUGGCACCGCCAAGCAAGAGCAACGAAAUAAGUAAGGUUACCCCACCCCCUGCAAGUACGUCAGUACAGAGUGACACCUUGUUUCAACUGAUGUCAGACAACCUCCCGAACUACCCCCACUUGGUAAAGAAAAUCAAAGCCUCUUUUCUGUGGCGAAUUACGAAAGGCGGGAAAAUCGUCUCGGAAUGGACGGCCGACUUCACGAAGGAGCCAGGAUCGGUGACGCACGGAAAGCCUUCGGGAAAGCCGAGCUGUACGAUCACGAUUGCCGACGAAGAUUUCAUGAAGAUCGCGAUGGGCGAGACGAACCCGCAGAAGUUGUUCAUGCAAGGAAAAGUGAAGAUUUCAGGAAAUAUCAUGUUGGCACAAAAAUUGCAGACUUUGUUGAACGAAUUUGAUUUGAAAAAGGAAAUGUCCAAGAUAAAUCAAAAACCAUCGAAAGCACCUGCAAAACCUCCAGCAAGUGGAAACACGAGCCUUAAAGCUCACGCCAUCUUCAAAGACAUCGCCGCUCGUCUUGCGUCAUCGCCCAAACUCGCGCAAAGAAUCAAAGCCACGUACCUUUGGAACAUUACCAAAGAUGGUAAAACCGCUGGCCAGUGGUUUGUGGACCUCAAAACUGGGAGUGGAACAAUCACCGCGGGCGCACCUGCUGGGAGACCAGAUUGCACCAUAACUGUUGCAGACGACGAUUUUGCCAAGAUUGUGGCGGGAAAAGCCAACGCGCAACAGUUGUUUAUGACCGGGAAACUGAAAGUUGGCGGGAAUAUUUUGCUGACGCAAAAAUUGGGCGACCUGUUGAAGUCACAAGCGAAACUUUGAAGAGAUGAAAUGAACGAACCUUUGAUCCCAAAUGAACGAUAUACUCCAAUGAUUUUAGAAACAGAUAAAUGCAUAUUUCUUUCUAUUUCUUUCUGGAUCUUUCAAGAGAAAAUUACCCAACACAAAUAAUACAAUGUAGCUGACGUAACGAGAGUUAUUAAAAAUGAAACACAGCAUUUAUGAUAGUAAAAAGUGCU